AACUAGUCUUUAUUUAUCUUCUAACUGAAAUUCAGAUUAUCUACUUAUUACAUCAUAACCCACAUCUAAAAUGAAACUAUAGAGAGAGAGUGGCGUGGUGCCUUCUCCACCAUCCCCAAAUUUCCAUUAUUAACCAUCACCAAGCUCUCUACUCUCUCAACAACCUUUCCUCUCUUUCAAAUGGCUCUCUCUUCACCCAAAUUCAAUUCCCAAAUUGGUUCAAAAAACAUAUCAAAAUUGAAUUCUUCUAUUAACUCAGAUACCACAAUUUCUUUAUCAUUUUCUCAUAGUGUGUCAAUGGGUCUUAACUUGAGGUUAAACCUUGCUUCUUCUUCUUCUUCAACUCGUUCUACUAAGAGUAACAGGUUUAGGAACCAUGGUUCUCCUUUGAAGGUAGUUUGCAUUGAUUAUCCACGACCUGAGCUUGAUAAUACUGUUAAUUUCAUUGAAGCUGCUUACUUGUCUUCAACCUUUCGUGCAAAUCCUCGUCCUACUAAACCUUUGAAAGUUGUUAUUGCUGGUGCAGGACUGGCUGGUUUAUCAACUGCAAAGUAUUUGGCAGAUGCUGGUCACAAGCCUAUAUUGCUGGAGGCAAGAGACGUUCUAGGUGGAAAGGUUGCUGCAUGGAAAGAUAAAGACGGAGACUGGUAUGAGACCGGCCUACAUAUAUUCUUUGGGGCUUACCCUAAUGUGCAGAACCUUUUUGGAGAACUUGGUAUUAACGAUCGGUUACAAUGGAAGGAGCAUUCUAUGAUAUUUGCUAUGCCAAGCAAGCCUGGAGAGUUUAGUCGAUUUGAUUUUCCCGAAGUCCUUCCAUCUCCAUUAAAUGGAAUAUGGGCAAUCUUGAGGAAUAAUGAGAUGUUGACCUGGCCAGAGAAAAUCAAAUUUGCAAUUGGACUUCUUCCAGCUAUACUUGGUGGACAAGCGUAUGUUGAGGCUCAAGAUGGUCUUUCUGUUAAAGAAUGGAUGAGAAAGCAGGGCAUUCCUGAGCGGGUAACUGACGAAGUGUUCAUAGCAAUGUCAAAGGCUCUAAACUUCAUCAAUCCUGAUGAACUUUCAAUGCAAUGUAUUUUGAUUGCUUUAAAUCGAUUUCUUCAGGAGAAGCAUGGUUCUAAGAUGGCCUUUUUGGAUGGAAACCCCCCUGAAAGACUUUGUAUGCCAAUUGUCGAUCAGAUUAAGUCCUUGGGCGGUGAAGUCCAUCUUAAUUCGCGCAUUAAAAAAAUUGAGCUAAACGAUGACAGUACAGUGAAGAGCUUUUUACUAACUAAUGGGAAGGUGGUUGAAGGGGAUGCUUAUGUGUGUGCAGCACCAGUGGAUAUUCUGAAGCUUCUUCUGCCUGAGAACUGGAAAGGGGUUCCUUAUUUCCAGAGAUUGGAGAAAUUAGUUGGAGUUCCGGUCAUAAAUGUUCACAUAUGGUUUGACAGAAAACUGAAGAACACAUAUGAUCACCUUCUCUUUAGCAGAAGUCCCCUUCUGAGUGUAUAUGCUGACAUGUCGUUAACUUGUAAGGAAUAUUAUAACCCAAACCAGUCUAUGUUGGAGCUGGUCUUUGCACCUGCUGAAGAAUGGAUUUCACGCAGUGAUGAAGAUAUUAUCGAUGCUACAAUGUCUGAACUUGCCAAACUUUUCCCUGAUGAAAUUUCUGCAGACCAAAGCAAAGCAAAAAUUCUCAAGUACCACGUUGUUAAAACACCAAGGUCGGUUUACAAAACUGUGCCAAAUUGUGAACCUUGUCGUCCCAUACAAAGGUCUCCUAUAGAAGGUUUCUAUUUAUCUGGAGAUUACACAAAACAAAAAUAUUUAGCUUCUAUGGAAGGCGCUGUACUUUCUGGGAAGCUUUGUGCACAGGCUAUCGUACAGGAUUCGGAGCUACUUACUACUCGGAGUCAGAAAAGAAUAGCUCAAGCAAGUACUGUUUAACAAAAACAAGAUUUGAAGAUGGAUUAUGGUAAGAGUUCAUGAGCAUCAUAUCAACUACGCCACGUGAGUCGCCAUAUCAGUUCAUACGCAGACAGGUCCACGUCAAAUAUUUUGACGAUGAUACGCAAUCAACUCUAGGGAAAAGCCAAUAUUAGCAUAUAGAAGAUCAUGACUUUAUUUUUAGUGUGGCCAAUUCCUGAAAUGUAGCCAUGCUUGUAAUAUCAUGUCACUGUUUAUUAUUUAAUUCUGUGUACCCAGUUUUUUUCAACAAAAAAAUUACUAUCUUGUAUAUUGGCAUAUAUCAGUCAAGUAACAUUUUUCAAAAUCUUUAGAAUAAUUCUCAA